UGUCAGACCAUUCCAUUAUACAAAUUACACUUAACUCUAACGAGGGACAAAUUGAUGCUAGUAAUCAUGCUGCCACAAUACAAAAUUAUCCUUUGCUUAAUGAACCCGUCCCUUCUUGCUUAACUGCCAAUCUUCAGCAUUCUUCACAUACAAUCAAAGAAACAACACCAAAGUCUCGUAUUGUGGAAGAACAAGUAAUGAAAUAUAUGGCACAAGACUUUUCAACACUACCCGACAAGCAGCAACAAAUUGUUCAAACAAUACAACAACUCCCUUUGCUAGCCAAAGAGUUUGAAAAGUUGUCACCCCAGACACAAGCACAUACUUUAUUUCGACUACUAAAAAGGUCCAGUACAAGUACGCUUCAGUUUGUCAAUUCAAGUAUUAUGCCGAUUUUAAAACGAGAUUUUAUUGCUUCUUUGCCACACGAGUUAAAGCUACAAGUUAUUAGUCAUCUUGACAUUAAAACACUUUGUACAGCAUCCCGUGUCAGUAAAAAAUGGCGUACUCUCAUUGAAGGCGAUAAAAAUACGUGGCACAGAUUGUUAAGGAAAGAUGGUUUUGAACUUUCACCACCUUCUAACAAAAUGUCUUUUAAAGAAUAUUACAAAAGACAGUAUACCCUAAAGUCCAACUGGAAGAAAGGAAAGUUCAAAAGAAUAGAAUUUGAAGGACAUAAGGACUACAUUGUUACUUGCUUACAGUUCGAUGAAGAAAAGAUUGUUUCCGGAGCAACUGAUUCCAUGAUCAAUAUAUACAAUACCAACGAUCCAGCUGGCCCAAUGGAGCAAUUGCAGGGUCAUCUUGGGGGUGUUUGGGCUUUACAAUAUGUCGGUAAUACACUUGUAAGUGGCUCAAUUGACAGAACGGUUCGAGUUUGGAAUAUUGAGAAGAGAAUAUGCACGCAUAUAUUUAAAGGCCACACAUCCACAGUUCGUUGUUUGCAAAUAGUGGAACCUGUCAUGAUCAACGGCAGAUUGGAACCCAGUCAACCUCUUAUCGUCACCGGUUCUAGAGAUUUUUCCAUUCGAGUGUGGAAUUUGCCAAACGUAGAUGAAGAAAGCCAGGAGACUGAACCGUAUGUAGGCGAAGGAUCCAAUCCAUGGUUUAAAUUCUUAUUGGUUGGUCAUACAAACUCUGUCAGGUCCAUUGCUGCUCAUGGUAAUACAUUGGUUAGUGGAAGUUAUGAUAAUACUGUCGCUGUUUGGAACUUGGAAACGGGAAGAAUGCUGCAUCGAAUGGAAGGGCAUACAAGUAAUGUAUACGCUGUAGUCAUCGAUCCCAUCAGACAACAGUGUAUGAGCGGAAGUAUGGAUAGCACGGUUUAUGUUUGGGACAUAAUCACUGGUGAAUGUUUGCAUAAAUUAGAUGGCCAUUCCAUAUUAGUAGGCUUGUUAGGACUUACACCCAAUCAUCUUGUUUCUGCUGCUGCCGAUAAAACAUUACGUGUAUGGGAUCCAGAUACAGGCGUAUGUGAGCACGUUCUAGCUGGUAAACAUGGACACGACGGUGCUAUCACUUGCUUCAAGCAUGAUGACGAAAAGGUUAUAUCUGGUUCUGAAGGGGGUCUUAAGAUGUGGGACAUUAAAACUGGUAGACAUUUGUAUGACUUGGUCACUGAUGUCAAAGGGGUAUGGUGGGUUACAUUUGAUAAAAGACGGUGCAUUGUAGCCAUAAGAGAGUGAGUACUCAUGUCGAAUGUGUGACAACCAUAAGAAUUAACUGCUUAUUUUUAUAAAUAGUCAUGAAGAAACAUCUUUUCAAAUGCUCGAUUUUGGUGUAUCAAAUACAGACAUGUAAAAAUAAUUAAACCUUGGCACAACCAAAGAUUUUUUACUUUAAACAAUAAAUUUUAUUAGCUUUCGCGUAAAUGAAAAAAAGAAAAGAAAAAAAAAA